UAAACCAUGGCGUCCGGACUGGUACGCCUGCUUGCCCGGGGGCCUCGCUGCCUCCUGCGGGCCUCAGUUGCACCUCAGCCCAUCCAGCCGAGUCGGGGUGGCAAGGGCGGGUUCCGUGCCGCGCUCCGCUUCCAGAAGGAGUUGGAGCGGAGGCGGCAGCUCAGGUGCCCCCCACCUCCUGUGCGCCGGUCAGAGAAGCCAAACUGGGACUAUCAUGCAGAAGUCCAGGCAUUUUGUCACCGACUACAUGAAAACUUUUCCAUAGAGCUUCUCAAAACUGCUUUUGUUAACAGAUGUUACAUUGAAAGUGAGGAAGCCAGAAGACAGAAACUGGGAGUAGACAAAGAAGCAGUAGCUCUCAAUGUUAGAGAUAACCAAGAACUCUCAGAACAAGGGAGAACCUUUUCACAGACUUGUCUCACUCAGUUCCUUGGAGAUGCGUACCCAAGCCUGCCCUCAGAAGGCAUAAAAGCAAUUGUGGAUUUUCUUACUAGUGAGGACAUUGUGUGUCAUGUAGCCAGAAACUUGGCUGUGGAGCAGUUAACACUAAGUGCAGAAUUUCCAGUUCCCCAGACGGUACUACAACAGACUUUCUUUGCCGUUAUAGGAGCUUUGUUACAAAGCAGUGGACCACAGAAGACAUCAGUUUUCAUCAGGGACUUCCUAAUUACACAGAUGACUGGAAAAGAACUUUUUGAGAUGUGGAAUGUUGUAAAUCCCAUGGGACUGCUAGUAGAUGAGUUGACAAAAAGGAAUAUUUCUGCUCCUGAACCCAGAAUUACUCGGCAGUCUGGAAGCAGCACAGUGUUGCCACUAUAUUUUGUUGGUUUAUACUGUGAAAAGAAACUGAUUGCAGAAGGACCUGGUGAAACAGUUUUGGUUGCAGAAGAAGAAGCUGCUCGGGUGGCUCUCAGGAAACUUUAUGGACUGGCUGAGAAUAGGCGACCUUGGGACUAUUCCAAACCCAAAGAAAAAUUAGUGGAAAAAGUUACUGCCUUGAGUUAAUUGGCCAAAAGCAUGUUAGCACAUGAACUCACUAGAGGGGCAGAAAAAUGAGACACAUACUUCAAAGUGAUUUGGAAAAUAUGAUGACAAUUCCCAGAUUGCUCAAAGAGACAUCUUCCUCUUCCCUUAGGGGCUACUCAGAUUGUAAGAGUCAUUUACUAUUUGGAAUUGGUUAUAGUGAAAUCCUUUCAAGUUUGUUAAGUCUUUUUUGUUGAACUCUUUAGAAGAAAUUGUUCUUAAAGUUCUUGGUUUAUCACUGUGUGAUUUGUAGAAUUUUUCCAUUUAAUUAUUCUCUUCCAACUCUGAAGUAUUAUGGACUAAAGAAAUUUUUUUAGUUAAAGUCUCAAUAUUGCCAAUUAAAAAACAAAAACAAAAACUUGAAUACAACAAAUCUUUCUUUUCCAAAGUGUUACUUGCCAAUUUAAUAUGAUAUUAACAGAUUGACUAUCUUGGUAUAAUUUUUGACAUAACUGCAAAGGAAAAAUCCAAAUUGUGACAAUUAUACAAAUAAAGAUGAAUGGUUUAAAAUUUUGUGAGCUAAUAAGACAGUAAACUAUUUAGAAUUCUAAAGUAGUGAAUAAAGGAGAAUGUUUAAGGGUGGUUUUUUAAAUCCCUAAGAACAUUAACUUUAAGACUAAUUUGAAGAUUGUAAAAAAUUGUUAAUUCAGUGAAUCCAAAAUUUGGAGGGUAAUUGUCAUUAUAAAUACAAACAUUUUUAAUUCUAUAAUUUUUGGAGGAGGAAGCUUUCCCUUAAAAAAAGUCUUUUUAGGACAGUUUAAUAAGAAACAUUCAUCUUACUUUUUGGGAAAAAAAAAACAGUUCCAUAUAUGUCCUCACUUUGAAAUAAAGUGAUUUAUAUGAUUCCUAAUUAAAGUCCUCAGAAGUCCUUUGUAAAGGGGUUUGA